UAUCAACUUAGUAAAUUCGCUGAUUGAAUUGAAAAAUGUAAUGAAAAAUAUAAAAAUUGAGUUAAAAGGAAAAAAUAAAAAAUUUUUCAGAAUAAUUCGAUAUUUUAUGGGAAGAUUACACAAUAAUUAAACUCGCAAAUGAGCGAACAGUUUGAAGAAAGUCCUGUUUCGGACAAUAUGGACAUUUCAACAACCACAACAAUAGAAUCUCAAGAAUCUGAGGAAGGUACUAACAGUAACUACCAACAAACAACACCUACUAAUUCGAGUAUUAUAUCGCUAAAAAAUUCCUGUAGUAAUAAUUCUUCAAAUAUGAAUAACACCGAAAAUCUAACAUUUUUAACUGAAGGAAAUAAAAACAAGAUAAAUGGAAUGCAAACAUUAGAUAAUGACCCUAAUACAAGAAAUUUAAAAGCAAACCAUCAAAAACUAUCACAAUCGUCACAACGUAGUGAAGCUGUGAAUCAUCCAUUAAUGCCUUUAUCUCCAACAGGAACUGAUUCAGAUUCUGAACAUGGACAUUAUCGUCGUUCAUUUAAUUACCCUGAUGUUGUACCGCAAACAGAGCAACCUCUUCGGUUAUCUCUACCAAAAUUAUCCUCAAAAAAUUGUAGCAACAACAAGCACAAUAACUUUAAUUCAAUAAAUACAGGCGGAAAUAUAAAUGAAAAAGUUAUUAAUGCUAAUAUUGAUGCAACAUCUAAAAUUCAAAAUAAUAUUAACCGAAAUACAACACCAAUGGAGGCUAGAAAAGUGCUUAAGUCCCAAAAUCAGCUUAAAAUCAAUAUACUACGUGCACCAAGUCCGGAUUUAUUGAGUAGCGGUGAAUCGGAACAAGAAAUUUCACAAUAUCAAGCUUCCGUUGAAUCGAAUUUUCAAGCAGUUGCUUUAAUUGCAAAUAAUAUUCCCGUGAGCAGAAGUGUAAGUGGAACCGUAAGGGAACUCUAUUCACCUAACCAAAGAUCUAAUUUGGCAAUACCUCAUAGAAAAAAAGUUCCAGCAUCGUCCGAAGUACUUUCAGAUGAUAUUUCUUCCUUAGAUUCAAUUUCUAAUCACAGCUUUGAUGAUGGCAUUGAACCAAAUUUAGCUUCAUUAAGUCCAACGAGCUCUUUGAUGGACGAUGAUUUUGGUGGUGAUAUUCAUGAAGAUUUUGAUGACGAUUUUGGUGAUUUAGAAACACCCACAAAUCAGCAGCCAGUUGAACCUAUACCACAAUAUUCAGCUGAAGAAGAAAGACGUGACUCUCGGUUGUGGCAAAAAAUUACUUUACCAGAUGGAAAAGUUCGUGAAAUUGAUAUGAAAGUAAUUGAACCAUACAAAAGAGUAUUAUCACAUGGUGGAUAUUUAAAGGCUGGCGGACAUAAUGCUAUUGUAAUGUUUUGUGCUUGCCAUUUACCAGAUAAAUCUCGAGCAGAUUAUCAUUAUGUAAUGGAUAACUUAUUUUUAUAUGUUAUAAAGACUUUAGAACAAUUGGUAACUGAAGAUUACGUAUUAGUUUAUUUACAUGGUGGUUCUAGUCGUAGAAAUGUUCCUCCAUUUCCUUGGCUAAAAAAAUGUUAUCAGCUUUUAGAUAGGAGAUUGAGAAAGAGCUUAAAAAAUUUAUAUUUAGUUCAUCCGACGUUUUGGUUGAAAUCAGUAGUUUGGAUGACACGACCCUUUGUUAGUUCUAAAUUCUGGAGGAAAUUGAUUUAUGUUCGAACCCUUGAAGAACUAUAUUCAAUGGUAUCUGUUGAGAAAACUGCUAUUCCAGAUAAAGUAAAAACCUAUGAUGCAAAAUAUAAAUAACUUUUAGAAUGAAAAAAUUCGUAUACUUGUAAGAAUAUUUUCAUCGACAUUUUCAUAAAUUUUUAAUGCAAUUGUUAUUAAAUCAAAAAAGCAUAACUUAAAUUUUGAAGAUCUCAAUAAAUUUUUUUGGUAUUAUUUACAUAUUCACUAUUUCUAUAUUUAAGUUUUAUAUCUAUAAGUUUAUCUUAAGAACUGAAAUGGAUUAAUUUUAUAUCAUUUUUAAGUAGAAGCUAUACUUUUUAUUUUUAAAUUCUUAAAAAAUUAUUUUGUGCUUUUAAUACAUACGUAGUUUCAAAAGUAUUUAUAAUUCAUUAACGAAAAAUGUGCUUCAUUUUAAAUAUACACAUAUGUAUGUUUUUAAAAUUUUAUUUUACUUUUUAUUAGAAUA